AACACAGUUGGAGCCUCCCUCCUCUCUGGCCGGCAGGGAGGGAAGGAGGGAGAGGAGCUGCUUCCUUUGAAACCUGGGAAAUUUAAGGGACAUCAUCAAUAAGGGACAGCAGCGGGACACAGCGCUGGGAUAAGGGACUUUCCCUCCAAAUAAGGGACAGUUGACAGCUAUGCUUAGGUGGUCACGGCAGAACCGUCAGAAACCUGGCAAAGCUACGGAGCGCAGCUGGUCCUCUUCCUCUAACCCAGUUCCUCUGCCAAGCGAAGUAACAAUGAUGAUAAUAAAAACCUUGCAAUCUAGAUCCGCUUUCUGAAGCAAUGAUGGUUUUCCCCCUUCCUCCCUAGGGUUGCUGGGAGUUAGAGGCACUGUGGCAAGUGAGCCAGCGCCAGCCAUCUAUGACAUCACCCAGCUUGACAACAGCUGCAUGGAAUUCUGGGAGUAUCCUGGGCCCCAAGAUCCCAUGGAACGAAGGAAGAUGCUGCCAUGAACCCUGGGCUCUUUUUAGCCCACCCUGCCAGGCCAGAGACCGGAGACCAUGGCUAAGGGUGAGUGCUAGGAGAGCGCGAGAGAUCGAGGGGGCCCUAUUUUGCAUUGUUGUUUUGGGAUCGGAAGGACAUCUGCAGUGCAACAUUCGCCCCUCGACGUGUUGCCUCCGUACCAUACAUUAUAAUACCAGAGAGCCAGCGUGGUGUAGUGGUUAAGAGCAGUGGACUCGUAAUCUGGGGAACCGGGUUCACUUCCCCGCUCCUCCACAUGCAGCUGCUGGGUGACCUUGGGCCAGUCACACUUCUUUGAAGUCUCUCAGCCCCACUCACCUCACAGAGUGUUUGUUGUCAGGGAGGAAGGGGAAGGAGAAUGUUAGCCGCUUUGAGACUCCUUAGGGUAGUGAUAAAGCGGGAUAUCAAAUCCAAACUCCUCUUCUUCUACAUUAUAAGCUUGCGGGCUUCCCACUGGCCCUUGCGAGAACAGGGUGCAGCCAGCCUGUUCAUAUGUUCUUCAGACUUUUGCUUACGGUGCUAAGAACAUACAGAGGCAGACCAUUGGUCCAUGGUAGCUCAUAAGAACAUAGAAUCAGAGUCCGGUAGAGGAGAUCACCUGUUGAAUCAGGUCAUUUGCCCAUCUAGAUCAACAUCAUGUUCUCCCACCAAAUGGGAGAACCAAAUGGUAGACCAGAAAGAGCCCUCUCCUCUCUCCGGCGGUUUCCAGUGGCAAUAAUAAUAAUAAUAAUAAUAAUAAUAAUAAUAAUAAUAAUAAUAAUUUAUUAUUUAUACCCCGCCCAUCUGGCUGGGUUUCCCCAGCCACUCUGGGCGGCUCCCAACCGAAUAUUAAAAACAAUGCAGCAUUAGACAUUAAAAACUUCCCUAAAGAGGGUUGCCUUCAGUUGUCUUUUAAAAGUAAAAUAGUUGCUUAUUGCCUUGACAUCUGGUGGGAGGGCGUUCCACAGGGCAGGCACCACCACCGAGAAGGCCCUCUGCCUGGUUCCCUGUAACCUCACUGCUCACAGUGAGGGAACCGCCAGAAGGCCCUCGGAGCUGGACCUCAGUGUCCGGGCUGGACAAUGGGAGUGGAGACGCUCCUUCAGGUACUCCGGGCUGUUUAGGGCUUUACAGGUCAGCACCAACACUUUGAAUUGUGCUCGGAAACAUCCUGGGAGCCAAUGUAGGUCUUUCAAGACCGGUGUUAUGUGGUCUCGGCGGCCGCCCCCAGUCACCAGUCUAGCUGCCGCAUUCUGGAUUAAUUGCAGUUUCCGGGUCACCUUCAAUGGUGGCCCCACGUAGAGCGCAUUGCAGUAGUCCAAGCGGGAGAUAACCAGAGCAUGCACCACUCUGGCAAGACAGUCCGCGGGCAGGUAGGGUCUCAUCCUGCGUACCAGAUGGAGCUGGUAGAUAGCUACCCUGGACACAGAAUUAACCUGCGCCUCCAUGGACCAAAAUGACUCCCAGGCUGCGCACCUGGCCCACGUGACAGCCCUUGAGAUAUUUGGCGAUGGCCUCCUGCAGCUUGCAGGUUGUUUGGUCUACUCUCCUACUCUAUGUAGGGCUGGAGGCAGUUUGGAAGCCGCCCAGAGUGGCUGGAGAAACUCAGCCAGAUGGGUGGGGUAUAAGUAAUAAAUAAUAAUAAUAAUAAUAAUAAUAAUAAUAAUAAUAAUAAUUUAUUAUUAUUCAGCCUGGGCAGAAUUCCAGGCUUCUCACCGGGGCAAGACGGGUUAAGCAUAUUACACCAAUCCCGGCCUGAUUGUGCCGCUUGCCGAUUAAUUUCCGAGCCCAAUUCAAAGUGCUGGUUUUGACCUAUAAAGCCCACAAUACCUCAAGGAUCGCCUCUCCCCAUAUAAACUGAGUAGCUCUGUAUUCAUCAUCUAAGGCCCUUUACUGGCCUCUUCCGUCAGAGGUCCAGAGUGUGGCAAAGCGAUAACAGGGCCUUUUUUGUGGUGGCUCCCCGUUUUUGGGAUGCUCUCCCAGGGAGGCUUGUCUGAGAGCACCUUCCCUCUGUAUCUUUAGGUACCUGGUGAAAACGUCCCCCUUCUACCCGGCCUACUGUGUCCUUUUAAAUGUGUUUGUGGGAUGGAGGCCAACGGGUCUUUGGUUUCUAUGUUGGGAAUUUUGUGUUUUCAUUUUGUGUUUCUAUGGCUGUAAACUGCCCUGCGAUCUUUGAACAUGAAUUUAAUAAAUGAAUGAAUAAAUAAUAAUUUUGUUUCCCUUUCGCCCUCUCUGGAAUCCUCAUCCUGGAUGACAACCAAUGGAUGGCAGUGCGAGACAGAGACCAGGUACUUUGGGGGCACAGCAGAGAAAAAUGCAACGGCAGAUAAGAACUCUGUCCAUGCUCAGAGGCGCUAAGUGCUUUUCUUUUAUCACAGCUAAGCAUCUCAUGCCAUAGAUCCGGGCUUCCUAAACCAGCCUAUGCACCCACAAAUUUCAUUUGUGUGGCCCACAGUGCUCCUGUGGAGAACAUCUGGAAUUUGAACCAUGGAAUUCAUAUUGUAUAGUCGUUCCUUGGUUGUCGAACGCCCUGGAACUCAUACGUUUCGGCUCCCGAACGAUCAAAAACCGCAAGUGAGUGUUCCGGUUUUUGAAUAAUAUUCGGAAGCUGAACAUCUGGCGUAGCUUCCGAUUGGCUCCAGGAUGCUCCUGCACCCAAUCAGAAGCCACGUCUUGGUUUUCGAACAGUUCCGGAAGUCAAACAGAUAACCAAGAUAUGACUGUAAUGGAAUAAAAUAAAAGACACAAUAAAAAUGCAAUUAAAAAAUUGUGCAGUGCAUUACAAUUGUUGCAACAAGCUGGGGUGGGGAAAACCCCCCUAAACAGCUUUUACAUUCUCAGCUCUUUUCAAGUGGUUUAUGACAAGAGAGGGGAAACUCCUGCCUUAAAUUUAGGACAAGGUGGCUUCGGUUGCCUGCCUUGUAAUUCACAUCUCUCUCAUGCAAGCAGUUUGCCCCAGAUGUAGAAUUGUCCAUUCCCAAGAACAGAGGUAGGCAGCCUAAAGCCCAUGGGCCACAAGCAGCCCACGGGGGUUGUUUAAUCUGCCCAUGAGCCGCCCGCUCAGCGAGUCUUGGCGCGCUGCACUAAACUGGCGUGGCGCAGCAUGGGGACUCGCUUCCGCGGUGCCAGAAGUCGCGUCUGCACAUGUGCAGAUGCUAAAAAUUGCGUCUGUGCAGACGCAGACACUGGAAAUCACAUCUGCACAAUGGAAAUUGCUCAGUUGUUUAUCUAAGAGUUGAUUUGUCCUUGCUUGGGAACCACGACGGGCAAAGAGUCCCAAAACCACUUUGAAAUGCACUGUGCAGACACGUCCUAACAGAUCCGUUCCUUGUGUUGGUUAGCUUAGCGAGAGAGAGACGGACAGCCUCGGUUCAGACUCGGUGUCCUUAAGGGAUGAAGAUUCCAGCAUCUUCAAUCUGGACCAAGAAGAGGAGGAGGAACAGUGUGAGUAAGGGGAACAGGGGCAAAGCUGCUUAUAUACAUUCCUGAAAGCUUGGGCCAUUCCCACUCACAACGUGAUUGGCUGUCUACACUUCCAAGCUGCGAAUCACGGCUCAGAGCUCAAGGGCCAAUGGCAGAGGCCCAAAUCCUGAAAUGUUCUGUGAUUGGACACCAUGUAUUGAAUCAGGAGCUCAGAAUCCUUAGUUCAGACUCAAGCUCAGGCAAACACAGACCACUGAAUAUAUAACAGGAAGUCUAUCUACUUAUAAUUAUUACCUUACAUUUAAUAAACUUUCUAAUACUUUCUUACAACCUUUGUUGUUUAGUCAUUUAGUCGUGUCCGACUCUUCGUGACCCCCUGGACCAGAGCACGCCAGGCACUCCUGUCUUCCACUGCCUCCCGCAGUUUGGUCAGACUCAUGUUUGUAGCUUCAAGAACACUGUCCCACCAUCUCGUCCUCUGUCGUCCCCUUCUCCUUGUGCCCUCCAUCUUUCCCAACAUCAGGGUCUUUUCCAGGGAGUCUUCUCUUCUCAUGAGGUGGCCAAAGUCUUGGAGCCUCAGCUUCAGGAUCUGUCAUUCCAGUGAGCACUCAGGGCUGAUUUCCUUCAGAAUGGAGAGGUUUGAUCUUCUUGCAGUCCAUGGGACUCUCAAGAGUCUCCUCCAGCACCAGAAUUCAAAAGCAUCCAUUCUUCGGCCAUCAGCCUUCUUAAUGGUCCAGCUCUCACUUCCAUACAUCACUACUGGGAAAACCAUGGCUUUAACUAUACGGACCUUUGUUGGCAAGGUGAUGUCUCUGCUUUUUAAGAUUUCUUACAACCUAGCAUACCAAUAUUCCUUUUAUUUCUUAAUAUUUUAUGUACACAAGGGUCCUUCAAACACAACCACAGAUAAUAGGUCACUGUUAUUUUUUUUGUAAGUAUCUCUUAAACAUUUCCCAUUUUUAAGAAAGUAAUGGUUUGGUGUUACCUCUUAACCUAUUUAAAGCACACAGCUUUCACCCCAGAGAGUCUGGGGGUGAUCCAGCCACAAAUUAAAAAUAAAAUAAAAUAAAAAUAAAAUAAAAUAUUGCUCAAUAGUCAAGUCUCACAUGUGCUCAGGAAACUAAACCCCAGAUUCCUCUCUCCCCCAGUUCUCUCACCUUCCAGGAGCAGGAGCAGAGAUGAGGAACUGGAAGAGUUUGUCGAGGGGGUGGACGAAGGAUGGAAUACCGACGAACCAUCUCCGGAAGUGUCUUUCAUCAUCCCAGAAGUAGUAACGGACCUCCUUUCGGAGACAGAUCUGACAGAACACGUACAUCCGCCUAACCCUCCUCCUUCUCUGGAGGGGGUGUUCCGAAACAACCUGUUGGAAGAACCCAAUUUCGCAAUAGAGUCGGUGCGUUGACCCCAAAGGCCACUUGCGCCAAGGAGCCAAAUCCUGCGGUGCCUUUUUCCCCCCGGGUAGGGGACGCGGGUGGCGCUGUGGGUUAAACCACAGAGCCUAGGGCUUGCCGAUCAGAAGGUUGGCGGUUCGAAUCCCUGCGACAGGGUGAGCUCCCGUUGCUCGGUCUCCGCUCCUGCCAACCCAGCAGUUUGAAAGCACGUCAAAGUGCAAGUAGAUAAAUAGGUACCGCUCCGGCGGGAAGGUAAAGGGCAUUUCCGUGCACUGCUCUGGUUCGCCAGAAGGGGCUUAGUCCUGCUGGCCACAUGACCCAGAAGCUGAACGCCAGCUCCCUCGGCCAGUAAAGCGAGAUGAGCGCCGCAAGCCCAGAUUCGGUCACGACGGGACCUAAUGGUCAGGGGUCCCUUUACCUAAUAUAAUCAGAUGGCACUUUGCUCCAUCUUCCUGACAUUUCCUUUCCUAUCAAUUCUUGCAUUUUGUGUGAUAUUUCAGACAAUGCAAAAGGCACUUCUGGAAAUCUAGUGUUAAUUGUUUUGGCAGGGGGAGCAAUCAGUUAACUCAGAAAAUCAGGGGAGCUUUGCGUUGAAAUUUUCACGAUCGCACUGUUGCCCCUCGGGGGAUGAAAUUUGCGCUGGCAUCUUGGCGUACAGUUAAAACUGGGCAAUGCAUGGUAGCAUAUUCACCCCAAGGCCAUGGCCCAUCUGUGAAAGAGGUGGAUCUUAAUAGUUAACCACAUAAAGAUCAGCUUUAUUGGGCAAAUAACAACAACAACAACAACAACAACAAUAAUAAUAUUAUAAUAAUUUAUACCCCGCCCAUCUGGCUGGGUUUCCCCAGCCACUCUGGGUGGCUCCCAACAGAAUAAAAAAGUGAUACAGUAUCAAACAUUGAAAGCUUCCCUAAACAGGGCUGCCUUCAGAUGUCUUCUAAAAGUCUGGUAGUUGUUUAUUUCCUUGACAUCUGAUGGGAGGGCGUUCCACAGGGCGGGUGCCACCACUGAGAAGGCCCUCUGCCUGGUUCCCUGUAGCUUUGCUUCUCACAGUGAGGGAACCGCCAGAAGGCCCUCGGAGCUGGACGUCCGUGUCCGGGCAGAACGAUGGGGGUGGAGACGCUCCUUCAGGUAUACUGGACCGAGGCCGUUUAGGGCUUUAAAGGUCAGCACCAACACUUUGAAUUGUUUUUUUUUUAUAAGAUAUUUAUUAGGAUUUUCAAAAUAUUACAAAAUAAAGAUUAAAAAAAAAGAAAAAUACAAAAUAAAAAUAAUUAAAAACAACACAAUCUUUCCAUUACUUAUUUUUCAUUAGCUUAUUUCCCGGACCUCCUCACGCCUCCCUUUUUUGUAUUCCAGUUCAGUUUGUUGGUUCAGCAAAUCCUUCCCCUCUUUGUUUAUCCUAAUCUUUAAUCUUAAAAUAUUGUAACAUUAAAUUUUUACCUAUUAAUAAUCCAUUUUUCAUAUUCCCUUAUAGUAUUGCAGCUAAAAACCACUUAAUUUCUAUCCAACAUCAUUCUAACAUUCAUUAAUUUUGCAAUAUUUCUGUAAAUAGUCUUUAAAUUUCUUCCAAUCUUCUUCCACCGACUCUUCUCCUUGGUCUCGGAUUCUGCCAGUCAUUUCCGCCAGUUCCAUAUAGUCGAUCACCUUCAUCUGCCAUUCUUCCAGAGUGGGUAGAUCUUGUGUCUUCCAAUACUUUGCAAUGACCAACACUUUGAAUUGUGCUCGGAAACAUACUGGGAGCCAAUGGAGGUCUUUCAGGACCGGUGUUAUGUGGUCUCAGCGGCCACUCCCAGUCACCCAUCCAGCUGCCACAUUCUGGAUUAGUUGUAGUUUCCGGGUCACCUUCAAAGGUAGCCCCAAGUAGAGCACAUGGCAGUAGUCCAAGCGGGAGACAACCAGAGCAUGCACCACUCUGGUGAGACAUAGUCUAAUGUUUGUGCGCUUGACUUAAGGGUAAGAAAAGCACAAUGGUCAUUCUCAGCAACCAUGCAUCAACCCCACUGCCAACCUGUACCCUCCUCACCCACCCAGUAUCCAUGUACUCCACUGGAAUGUUCAGGGUCCCAAUCCAUUUGUUUAUGCAAGGAUGUGUGCGUCAAUGGGCACACAUGAAGUUCCUUCACAUAUUGCCGAAGCAUUUAGGCCGUGGGGAGCACGACUGUACCCGACGCUGGCUGUGGGGACCUUAUUUUGCAUGCUCUUAGGGGAUGGUGGGGGUCUCCAAGCCCCACUUGCUUUCUCCUUUAGGCAGUCACUUGACCUCAAAAGUUGUAUCCAGCAUCUAUCUAUCUAUCUAUCUAUCUAUCUAUCUAUCUAUACAGUGGUACCUCAGUUUACAUACGCUUCAGGUUACAUAUGCUUCAGGUUACAGACUCCGCUAACCCAGGAAUAGUACCUCGGGUUAAGAACUUUGCUUCAGGAUGAGAACAGAAAUCGUGCUCCGGUGGCGUGGCAGCAGCAGCAGGCCCCAUUAGCUAAAGUGGUGCUUCAGGUUAAGAAUAGUUUCAGGUUAAGAACAGACCUCCGGAACGAAGGACGCAGGUGGCGCUGUGGGUUAAACCACAGAGCCUAGGACUUGCCGAUCAGAAAGUCAGAGGUUCGCAUCCCCGCGACGGGGUGAGCUCCCGUUGCUCGGUCCCUGCUCCUGCCAAACUAGCAGUUCGAAAGCACGUUCGAAAGUGCAAAUAGAUAAAUAGGUACCGCUCCAUUAGCUAAAGCGGUGCUUCAGGUUAAGAACAGUUUCAGGUUAAGAACGGACCUCUGGAACGAAUUAAGUUCUUAACCCGAGAUACCACUGAAAUAAUAAAUAAUCAAUCCAUCGACAGCGCAUGAAUUCCUCCACUCUCUCUCACCUUCAGGUCUUGGGAGAAAUGAGAGCAAAUAUCUUGACGGCAGCAGAGGAGGAAGCGAGGGCCCUGGCUAGCGAAUUAAGGGACGACGAGGACGAAGACGACAACAGGGAAUGUGAGCCACACAGCGUCCUGACCUGCAGGAUAUGCCAGCUGUUUGUGCGAACCGUCGACAGGCUGCUGGACAAGUCGGAGGAGCUGAUGGAUCAUUACCUACCUCUUACCGAAGAGGAGAUUGGUAAGCAUGUGAGCGUCACACCAUAGAAUAGAAUCAUAGAGUUGGAAGAGACCACAAGGGCCAUCGAGUCCAACCCCCUGCCAAGCAGGAAACACCAUCAGAGCACUCCUGACAUAUGGUUGUCAAGCCUCUGCUUAAAGACCUCCAAAGAAGGAGACUCCACCACACUCCUUGGCAGCAAAUUCCACUGUCAAACAGCUCUUACUGUCAGGAAGUUCUUCCUAAUGUUUAGGUGGAAUCUUCUUUCUUGUAGUUUGGAUCCAUUGCUCCGUGUCCGCUUCUCUGGAGCAGCAGAAAACAACCUUUCUCCCUCCUCUAUGUGACAUCCUUUUAUAUCUUUGAACAUGGCUAUCAUAUCACCCCUUAACCUCCUCUUCUCCAGGCUAAACAUGCCCAGCUCCCUUAGCCGUUCCUCCUAAGGCAUCGUUUCCAGGCCUUUGACCAUUUUGGUUGCCCUCCUCUGGACACGUUCCAGUUUGUCAGCGUCCACCAGGAGAAGGCAGCUGAAUCAUAGAACCAUAUACCGUAUUUUUCGCUCUGUAAGACGCACCAGACCACAAGACGCACCUAGUUUUUGGAGGAGGAAAACAAGAAAAAAUAUAUUCUGAAUCUCAGAAGCCAGAACAGCAAGAGGGAUCGCUGCGCAGUGAAAGCAGCAAUCCCUCCUUCUGUUCUGGCUUCUGGGAUAGCUGCGCAGCCUGCAUUCACUCCAUAAGACGCACACACAUUUCCCCUUCCUUUUUAGGAGGGAAAAAGUGAGUCUUAUAGAGCAAAAAAUACGGUACGUGGUUGGAAGGUGUCAGGGAACUGCCAUCGGAAGGAAGGGAGGUGAAAGGACUCAGACAGGUUGGAAGAGACUCAGCAGCGGAAGAGGGAACCAGCAAGGGGAGAGAAGCUGAACUGAGGGAGGUGAAAGGGCUCAGACAGGUUGGAAGAGACUCAGCAGCUGAAGAGGAAACCAGCAGGGGGAGAGAAGCUGAACUGAGGGAAAGGGAGCUGGGGGGAUGGCUCAGAGAUACUUCCAGCGAAAACAGUGGUGAGGUUUCCGGACCUCCUGUUGGGACACCCACUCCUCGCCGGAAACUGUCACGCAGAGAGUCCAGAAGACGUGUUUCCGUUAAGGAGCUUUUAUGUUGGAAGCGAUUACGAAAGCAGCCACUGUCGGAAUCUUCUAGUGACUAGAGGAGCCAUGUCAGAGGGGCUCAGUCACAGACAGAGGUUUGUGGACUUGAACAAACACUGAGGGAAUACGAUUUUACGCACAAGCAGCUCAUCUUCCCAUCACAGCAUUCCGACAGUCUUUGAACGCAGCUUGUGCAGGAGAAGGCAUAAUGAGCAACCCAGCAGGAACCGGAGAAGCAGGGGCUGGAGCGGGUCCAAGCCUGGAAGAAAGGUACCGGGUGUUGGAGGUCCAGCUGGCGCUGCAGACGGCGAGGCUGGAGGAGAGGAGGGCUCAAGAUGCAGACAAAGGGAGAAAGCCACCCAGCUCGCCAGAAAGGUACCAGGAUUGGUGCAGAAAUUUGGGGGGGAGCCCAAAGACUAUCAUAGCUUUCGGACAGAAAUGCAAUAUGCCCUCAAUCUGCAGUUUGAUGAUUUCCUGAUGAGGAAUCACGAGUGGCUUUUGUGAUUGGGCAUCUUGAAAAGGGGGCGAGAGACUGGGUUAGACCCCUGAUGGCAGCGCAUAGUGACGUCCUAAAGGACACGAUGAAGUUCUUUCGCGCCAUGGAUCUGAUGUUUUCCAGCGAUAUUGAAAAGGGAGUGGUGCGCAGACAGUUAAUGGCUUGCAAACAGGGGAGCCGAUCUGUACGUGAGUACUGGACUGAGUUCACCAUGCUGAUACACAGAUUGGGGUGGGACUUAUCGGCGGAACCCAUUCAAAUGCUCUUUGAAGAAGGGCUUUCUUCGGCUGUGAAAGAUGAACUUUCCCGGGCGCCCAGGGCGGAGUCUAUGGACCAGCUGACCAAAUCAGCGCUGGCCAUAGGAGCGCGCCAGGAGGCGAGAGCAUUGGAGAGGCGGGAAGGGAAAGGGGAACGUUGGAAGGAGUUCCGCAUUCCAGACAUUCCAGAGCCAACUUUCCCGCCGGCAGAGCCGAUGGAAAUCGGAACAGCGCGCGCGCGCGCAGUUUCAAAGCCCAGUGAGGGGGGAAAAAAGGAGGGAAAAGGCGCCCGGAAAUGCUAUCUCUGCCAACAGCCAGGGCACUUUGCCAGAGUCUGCCCCCAGAGGAAGGAAUGGCAAGGGAUGGUGGGAGCUGUGGAGGGAAGAGAGGAAAAGAUACCGGAGCAACUAAAAGCCAACGCCUGGCUGCCAUUGUCGGGGCACAGCAGCCAGGCCAAAGAGCAGUGAAAGUGCCCACGCCAGAACCUCCUAAACCCGCCCUAGUGAUAGAAGUGACACUAGAGCUGCCAAACGGACACCCUCUAAAGAUAAAGGCGCUGUUGGACUCAGGCAGCUCCUGCAAUUUCAUGAGCAAAGAGUUUGCAGCUGAACACCAGAUACAGACGCUCCUUUAAGCAACCCCUGCCGGUACCCACGAUCGAUGGCAGGGAGCUGUUGGGAGGAGAAGUCAGCUUGCAGACCGUCCCAAUGAUAAUGAAGGUGGCAAGGCACACCGAACUCAUUGCGUUUAAUGUGGCCACCUUGGGAGGAGCUCCCAUUAUAUUGGGGAUGAGCUGGCUAGCGUUACAUGAUCCGCUGGUGGGCUGGCAUCAAAGAGUGGUUUCUUUUGGGUCAGCACAUUGCUUAGAACACUGCAAAGAGGGAAAGGUUUUGGCAGGGGCCCAAGCCACCCUAGCAGGGACUGAAGUAACGGAGAACGUGAAGGUACCACGACAAUACGCAGAUCUCCGCGACGUCUUCAGCGAAAGGGAAGCUGACCAACUACCACCGCAUAGAGCCUUUGACUGUCAAAUCAAUUUGCUCCCUGGGGCACAGCUCCCUGUGGGCAAGCUGUACGCCAUGUCAGACAGAGAGAUGCAGGAGCUAAGAGAGUUCAUUGACAAGAACCUGAAGAGAGGGUUCAUCAGAGAGUCCAGGGCGGUUGGGGGCAGCCCAGUGUUUUUGUGGACAAAAACACGAACAAGCCGAGACUGGUGUGUGACUUCAGGGCCUUAAAUGCAGUGUCAGAACCAGUGGCCUUCCCGAUGCCCAGGAUUGACGACAUUUUGACAAGGGUGCGGAAGGGAAAGAUUUUCACCAAGCUGGAUCUAAGGGGGGCGUACAACCUGAUACGAAUAAGGAAGGGGGAUGAAUGGAAAACCACCAUGUUCACCCCUUUAGGGGCAUUUGAAUACUUAGUUAUGCCCUUCGGUCUACAAGCAGGCUCCGCAACAUUUCAAUCGUUUAUGAACCACGUCCUGGGGCCGUUGCUUUACAAGAAUUGUGUGGCCUUCUUAGACGACGUGUUGGUGUAUUCUGAGAAUGAGGAGCAGCAUGUGAGAGACGUCAGAGAAGUGUUGAGCAGGCUGCAAGCCAACCAGCUGUGGGUGAAACUGGAGAAGUGUCAGUUUCAUACCAAGGAGGUGGAAUUCCUGGGGUAUCGCCUGUCUGACAAGGGGUUGGCCAUGGAUCCCGGCAAGGUCCAGGCGGUACUGGAAUGGAAAACACCCAAAACAAGGAAGGAUGUGCAGAGGUUUUUAGGAUUUGGGAACUUCUAUCGUAAGUUCAUCCCAAACUUUGCCCACCUGACGGCGCCCAUUACGGACUGUCUCAGCAGUAAGAAGAAGUUCGCUUGGACGGAGGAGGCGGAGCAAGCAUUUGAGGAACUAAAAGGGCCUUCGCCUCGGAACAACAGCUCCUGCAUGUGGAUUUACAAAACCGAUGAGAGUGGAAACUGACGCAUCAGACAGAGCGGUUGGGGCGGUGCUUCUCCAGCCAGGGAAGGAGGAGUCAGAGUGGAGACCGUGUGCUUUUUUUCGCGAAAGCUGAACAAAUCCGAGAGGAACUACACGGUGUAUGACCGAGAACUACUAGCCAUUCAUGAGGCGUUCCGGAGAUGGAGGCACCUGCUAAUUGGCGCACAACAUAAGGUGCAAGUGUGCACUGACCACAAGAACCUAGAGUAUUGGAGGACGGCACGAGUGCUCAACCAACGGCAAGUGAGGUGGGCCCAGGAAUUCUCCAAAUUUAACUUUGAGAUUUGUUACGUGCCAGGCCCAGAGAACAUUAGGGCGGACGCUCUCUCACGCAAACCUGAAUAUUUGGAGGGGGAGGGAGCACCCGAAGAGAGACAUGUCAUUCCAGAGGACCGCUGGGUGUGUGGGGCGGCAUUGGUGGGACAAAGAGAACUGGUAGAAGAAACAGAGAAUGAUGAAUACGCCCAGAAUAAGCUCAGAGGUCUUAGGGAUGAGGGAGAGGAAUCAAGGGGUUUCGAGGAAAGAAAUGGAGCUUUGUAUUACAAAGGGGCACUGUAUAUCCCUGAAGGAGACUUAAGGGGGAGGGUACUCAAGCAGUUGCAUGACAGCCCCACGGCGGGCAUUUUGGGCAACACAAAACCAUGUGGUUGGUCACCAGGGAAUUUUGGUGGCCUAAGGUGAGGGAGGAUGUACGUGAGUAUGUAAGAGGGUGCGAGCAGUGCCAGCGAGCCAAAGGGGAAAGGCGGGCGCCGGCGGGGCUAUUAGAACCCUUACCAACACCAGAACGACCUUGGGAGGCAGUGUCGAUAGAUUUUAUGACUGAUCUGCCGAAGUCCAAAGGGAAAACAGCCAUCAUGGUGGUGGUAGACCUACUAACAAAGAUGUGCCACUUUGUAGCUUGCUCGCAUGCAGUCACGGCGGAAGAGACAGCGAAGUUAUUUGUAGAACACAUUUUUAGGUUGCACGGGGUGCCAUUGAGGGUGGUCUCAGACCGAGGAAAACAAUUUACUUCCAGGUUCUGGAGGAAGCUCAUGAGCUUACUGCAGGUGGAGGUCAACUUUUCGACUGCCCGGCACCCUGAAACCAACGGGCAGGCGGAAAGAGCAAACGGUGUCCUCCAGCAAUACCUGAGGUGUUAUGUCAAUGACAGAGAGAAUGACUGGGUAGAAAAGUUGGCGCUGGCGGAAUUUGCCUACAACAAUGCCGAGAAUGUGUCCACAGGGAUGAGCCCCUUCUUGGCUAAUUAUGGGUGUCAUCCCAGGGCUUUCCCAGGGGAGAAGGGGAGAGAUGGAGCGCACCGGCAGCCGAGCAUUUUGUAGAAGAAAUGGAAGCAAUCCACCGUCAGCUCCAACUCAACUUAGAAAGGGCGAAGGAAGAAUACAAGAGGCAGGCAGACAAGAACCGAAGGGAAGGUGAAACCAUAAGGGUUGGAGAUAGGGUGUGGCUGUCAACCCGAGGGGUGCCGUUCAAAGGAGGUUGUAAGAAAUUAAGACCCAGGAGGUUGGGUCCCUUUGAGGUCAUUCAACAGGUCAACCCAGUGGCUUUCAGGCUCCGGUUACCCAACCACAUGAAACUGCACCCAGUAUUUCACAGGUCGUUACUGUCACCGUACGAGGGGGGACGAGAAGGGAUGGCCACUCGGGACCGGUCAUAGAAGAAAGAGAAUGCAGCAGUCAUGUGGCAGAAAUCCUUGAUGCCAGGUGGAAGGGGAAUCAGGUGGAGUAUUUGGUAGCGUGGGAAGGAGAACCGGAGUCAGAAAACACGUGGGUAAUGGCCGAAGAUAUCAAUGACGAGGUAUUGAUAGAAACGUUCCAUCAAAGGUUCCCGAGGAAACCUCAGCCUGUGGAGAGGUUCCGGAGGGAAUACUUUGGGACCACUGAGGAGGAGGAGGAGUUGGAAGGAUUCCCAGAAUCGGAAGGGGAAGGGGAGAUGGACUCGGAGGAGGAGGAGUGCUUCGAGACCAGGAACCGCAACAGGUGGAGAGAAGUGUUCGAGACAUCGGAAGAUGAAGGAAGUUCAUUCCGGGUUUUGCCUCCUCACCGCCCGUAGAGGAGGGGGCGAGAGGGGGUGAAGGGGGCCCUGGAGGGGAGGUGGAUGUCAGGGAACUGCCAUCGGAAGGAAGGGAGGUGAAAGGACUCAGACAGGUUGGAAGAGACUCAGCAGCGGAAGAGGGACCCAGCAAGGGGAGAGAAGCUGAACUGAGGGAGGUGAAAGGGCUCAGACAGGUUGGAAGAGACUCAGCAGCUGAAGAGGAAACCAGCAGGGGGAGAGAAGCUGAACUGAGGGAAAGGGAGCUGGGGGGAUGGCUCAGAGAUACUUCCAGCGAAAACAGUGGUGAGGUUUCCGGACCUCCUGUUGGGACACCCACUCCUCGCCGGAAACUGUCACGCAGAGAGUCCAGAAGACGUGUUUCCGUUAAGGAGCUUUUAUGUUGGAAGCGAUUACGAAAGCAGCCACUGUCGGAAUCUUCUAGUGACUAGAGGAGCCAUGUCAGAGGGGCUCCGUCACAGACAGAGGUUUGUGGACUUGAACAAACACUGAGGGAAUACGAUUUUACGCACAAGCAGCUCAUCUUCCCAUCACAGAAGGGAUCCCUGCAAGGCAGUAAUCACAGCUAAAGAAUCCCUGAACAGACAGCCGUUCGACCUCUGUAUUAAAAUCUCCCACAUAGGAAAGACCACCAGUUCCCGAGGGACAUAGCUCACUUGGUUGGAGCAUGUGCCAAAUACUAAUACUAAUAAUAAUUUAUUAUUUAUGCCCCGCCCAUCUGACUGGGUUUCCCCAGCCACUCUGGGCAGUUUCCAGCAAAAUGCUGUAUUAAAACACUUUACAAAAUAAUCUUUUUAUUAUUUUAUUAUGUCCAUCUGGCUUAGGAGUUUUGGAGUCUGAGGUUUCCUUUUUUAAAAAAAGGAAAGGGACACGUCUUUUGUCGCUUGCCAGGAAAUGCAACCGACCUAGCUUUGAAUCCGCAUUGGGGAAACCCAAGUACUGGAGGGGAAGUUAUUAAGUUGCCGUGCUGGGUGCAGACGUUGGUAGUCCAAAAUAUGCGGCAGGCGAAGGAGGCAAACUAUUUGGAACGAAGUACAGUCAUACCUCGGGAUGCGGGUGGCACUGUGAAUUAAACCACAGAGCCUAGGGCUUGCCGAUCAGGUCGGCGGUUCGAAUCCUCGCGACGGGGUGAGCUCCCGUUGCUCGGUCCCUGCUCCUGCCAACCUAGCAGUUCGAAAGCACAUCAAAGUGCAAGUAGAUAAAUAGGUACUGCUCCGGCGGGAAGGUAAACGGUGUUUCCAUGCGCUGCUCUGGUUGGCCAGAAGCGGCUUAGUCCUGCUGGCCACAUGACCUGGAAGCUGUACGCUGGCUCCCUCGGCCAGUAAAGCGAGAUGAGCGCCACAACCCCAGAGUCAGCCACGACUGGACCUAAUGGUCAGGGGUCCCCUUUACCUUUUUACAGUCAUACCUUGGGUUACAGCUGCUUCAGGUUGCGUCUAUUCGGGUUGCGGACCGCCAAAAUCCGGAAGUACCGGAACAGCGCAUGUGCAGAAGUGCUAAAUCGCACUUUGCGCAUAAGCGCAGAAUCGCAACCAGCGUGUGCGAAGAUGCGCUGCUGUGCGUUGUGAACGUGCAUCCCACACGGAUCAUGUUUGCAACCCGAGCGUCACUGUAUCCCUCUCCCUGUUGAUAUGCAAAGGACCAGGCCUGGUCUGCAAAAGAAUCGCCCUCUGCCGUUUUACCAAGGUUGCAGGUUCAGUCCCUGUAUUAGAACACUGCCCAGAAACUUCAGCUGGCUCAAAAAGCUGCAGCCAAAUUGCUGGCCUGGGCUGGUUGUAGGGAAGCAGACGACUUCCUUGCUACAAUACAGCCCCCCUUUUUGCAGGCACAGUGCCAAGUGCCGGCCCGUGACAAAUAAAAGCCCUAUAUGGCUUAGGUCCAAGCUGCCUGAAAGAUUGUAUUCCAUCAUACGACUCUGCCCAUCUUCAGAGAUCCUCGGAAGCCCUUUUCUCAGCCUCGCCACCCUCACAGCCAUGUUUGUUGGGGACGCAGGAGAGGGCCUUCUUGGUGGUGGCUCCUGCCAGACUUUGGAACUCCCUUGAGAAACCAGACUGGCUCCCUGCUUGCUGCCUUUCUGCCAGCAGGUGAAGAGGCCUUCUCAUUCCAACAGGCUAUUGGGGACUGACUGCUUUUAACGAAAGGGCUCGUGCCCUGCUCUUUUUAUUGUAAUUAUUUGUAUGGUUUUAAUCGGGGGAAAUGUGGGAUAUAAAUUAUAUAUUGAUGACACUGUCUUCCAGAUAUUUAGAACAAUUCCCAUAGUCUGAUGGGAGCUUUCGUCUAAAACAUCUGGAGGACACCUCCAGUCAGACUAAUCUCUUACACCCUUUAAGGCAGGGGUCAGCAAACUAUUUCAGCAGGGGGCCGGUCCACUGUCCCUCAGACCUUGUGGGGGGCCGGACUGUAUUUGCGGGGGGGAGAAUGAACGAAUUGCUAUGCCCCACAGAUAACCCAGAGAUGCAUUUUAAAUAAAAACACACAAUUCUACUCAUGUAAAAACACGCUGAUUCCUGGACUGUCCACAGGCCAGAUUUAAAUUGGGCGAUUGGGCCAGAUCCGGCCCCCGGGGCCUUAGUUUGCCUACCCAUGCUUUAAGGCAGCGGUUCUCAACCUGUGGGUCCCCAGAUGUUGUUGGACUACAACUCCCAUCAUCCCUUGCUAGCUAGGGGUGAUGGGAGUUGUAGUUCAUCAACAUCUGGGAACCCACAGGUUGAAAAAGGCUGCUUUAAGGAGUCUUUGCCUAACUUACCCCUUCUGUCCAGAAACUUGGGACCCUUCCAAGGAAGGCAGGACACGAAUAAAUUUGUGGGUUAUCUAAAGCAAUGUGCAGAUUGGCGAAAGGGGUUGUCAGGCGUGCUCUGGUUCCUCAAUCUCUCUCUGCUUUCCCCAAACCCCUCGCCACUCCCAACUCGGUGCAGGAAAUCUGAAGAAAGCUGUCGCGGAGAUCGAAGAUACGUCCAUAGACCACCGGAUGCAAGCCUGCCUUGUGAGGAUCAACGAUCUGUCCAACAAACUCCGUCAAAGGGCCUACAUGAUGGCCCUGAGCAAGCUGCGAUUCACGAGACGCAGUACCCAAGCGAGCAUCAAUCAGCUCCACGAGACGUUGGAUGUGGUAUGCCCAACUCUUAUCUCCCCCCAUCCCGAUUUAACAAUCCAUCUCUCCCUGAAACAUCAAUGUGCCUGUGGAAUUCUUGCCCAUUGAAGGGGUGUGUCUGCAAUGCCUUCUUCAGAGGGACGCGGGUGGUGCUGUGGUCUAAACCACUGAGCCUCUUGGGCUUGCCGACCGGAAGGUUGGUGGUUCGAAUCCCCGCAACGGGGUGAGCUUCCGUUGCUCGGUCCCAGCUCCUGCCAACCUAGCAGUUCGAAAGCAUGCCAGUGCAAGUAGAUAAAUAGGCAUCACUGCGGUGGGAAGGUAAACAGUGUUUCCGUGUGCUCUGGUUUCCAUCACGGUGUCCUGUUGCACCAGAAGUGGUUUAGUCCUGCUGGGCACAUUACCCAGAAAGCUGUCUGUGGACAAACGCCAGUUCCUUGGCCUGCUCUGGUUCGCCAGAAGUGGCUUAGUCAUGCUGGCCACAUGACCCGGAAAAACUAUCUGUGGACAAACGUCGGCUCCCUCGGCCAGUAAAGCGAGAUGAGCGCCGCAACCCCAUAGUCACCUUUGACUGGACUUAACCAUCCAGGGGUCCUUUACCUUUUUACCUAACAGGAGCUCAAGGUUCAGCUCCCACCAUGGUGGGGGUCUCUGGAAUGUCAAUCUCUGAGUUAGGGUCCCGGUGACACAAAACAAUCACAGUAGCCAGCGAGUAGUGAGUAAAGGCAGAGAGAGAAAUAAUAAAUAAUAAGGAUAAGGAUAUCCCCCCCCCAAUCUGACUGGGUUGCCCCAGUCACUCUGGGAAGCUUCCAAUAAAUUAAAACACAGUGAGACAUCAAACCUUGAAACUUCCCUAUACAGUCGUACCUUGGUUCUCGAAUGUAUUCUAUUCUUGGAGUCCGUUCAACUUCCAAAAAUGUUUGAAAACCAAGCCGUGGCUUGCAAUUUGCUGCAGGAGCUUUCUGCACUCGAUCGGAAGCCGCGUCCGACGUUCGGCUUCCAAAAAACAUUCGCAAACCGUAACACUUACUUCUGGGUUUGUGACGUUUGUGAGCCAAAAUGUUUGAGUACCAAGGCGUUCGAGAACCAAGGUACGACUGCACAGGGCUGUUGUCAGGUGUCUUCUAAAAGGCAGUUGUUUUAUUUCCUUGACAUCUGAUGUGAGGGCGUUCCACAGGGCGGGCGCCACCACCGAGAAGUCCCUCUGCCUGGUUCCCUGCAGCUUCACUUCUUGUACUGAGGGCACUGCUAGAACACACUUCCUCAACCUCGGCCCUCCAGAUGUUUUGAGACUACAAUUCCCAUCACCCCUGACCACUGGUCCUGCUAGCUAGGGAUCAUGGGAGUUAUAGGCCAAAAGCAUCUGGAGUGCCGAGGUUGAGGAAGCCUGUGCUAGAAGGCCCACGGAGCUGGACCUCAGUGUCCGGGCUGAACGAUGGGGGUAGAGACGCUCCUGCAGGUAUACUGGGCCAAGGGCUUUAAAGAUCAGUACCAACACUUUGAAUUGAGCUCAGAAACGUACUGGGAGCCAAUGUUGAAAAUGAGAAGAAUUAGCCAGGGAAAAUUACAAUGUCCCCAAACAUCCCCAGCCAGUCUCCGACCUUUCGUAGAACACCGUCGGGAGACGGAAAGAGAUUCUACAACCUCUCAGGGAAUAUCUGAAAUCAAUGGAACUAAAAGGGCGGUUUGAACCCCUGUACCGCGGGUGGCGCUGUGGGUUAAACCACAGAGCCUAGGACUUGCCGAUCAGAAGGUCGGCGGUUCAAAUCCCUGUGACGGGGUGAGUGCCCGUUGCUCGGUCCCUGCUCCUGCCAACCUAGCAGUUCGAAAGCACCUCAAAGUGCAAGUAGAUAAAUAGGUACCAUUCCGGCGGGGAGGUAAACGGUGUUUCCGUGCGCUGCUCUGGUUUGCCAGAAGUGGCUUAGUCAUGCUGGCCACAUGACCCGGAAGCUGUCUGCAGACAAACGCCAGCUGUCUCGGCCUAUAGAGCGAGAUGAGCGCCGCAACCCCAGAGUCGGCCACGACUGGACCUAAUGGUCAGGGGUCCCUUUACCCUUUACCUUACCAACCCCCAUUUGAGCUUUGUUCAUGGGCUCCCUAUAUCCCAUCUAACCAGGGAGGGUUUACAAAGAAAUGCAGUGGUGGCUGGUCCAUUAGGCAGCACUGCUCUACCAACCUCAGCCUGCCUCCACCAGCCAGUCUUCUUACUUAAAAUCAGCCCAGGGGGUGGGACUGUCAAGCUUCUUUGUCCUUGGUCUGAGUAUUGCCCUCAUUGAACUUGGCAAGGAGGAGGAAGAUGACAAAACAAGGGUUGGUUGGCGCCAAACAUCAUCGCCUCUGUCUCCACCUCCUUCUGGGUUUCCUGCCCAACCAGACCCAAUGGCCACAAGCCACCACGGCUGAAAUCGUGUAAUAGCAACAACACCUAACAUUUCUCACUCGCACAGGGCUCAGCCAGGUCAGAAGAAACAGGCCCAAGUAUUUGGUACCCUGGAGAGCUCCUGCAGGGCACAGGUGUGCCCACCCAAUUCACUGCGUUGUCGUCUUCUUUUUACCCAUCCCAUGUCCAUUUCCAGAUUGAUCAGGUGCAGCACAGAGCAGAACUGGAGAUUGGUCCAUCCAACGAAAGGAUGAGCAUGAUCUGCGUGGAGUGGAGCGCGAGCCCACGUCGGAAUUCUGCCCAGGGGAAUGAAGAUUUCAGCACCCUGGACGUUGGGGUGCCUCGUGCUCAGAGCACCAUGGUCGGGAGAGAAGGAUCUGGGGCGCCUCGCGAGCACAGCACCACGAUCGAGUGCGAGGAAAUCGGGCUGCCUGCUGCUCAGAGCACCAUGAUCGAGUGCGAGGAAAUCGGGCUGCCUGCUGCUCAGAGCACCAUGAUCGAGUGCAAGGAAAUUGGGCUGCCUCGUGCGCACAGCACCAUCGUAGAGUGUGAGGAAAUCACCUGCUCAGAGGUCGAGAUGACGCCCACAGAGGUCGAGAUGUUGCCCAUACCAAUCAGCCCCCCAGAAAUAGUUGAGGUGCCACCCCCACCAAUAAUUAUCCCGGUGAACGUUGAGGUGCCACCCCAGCCCAUCAUCAUCCCGGUGAAAGUUGAGAUGGCACCCGCACCGAUAAUCAUCCCAGUGAAAGUUGAGAUGCCGCCUGCACCCACCAGUCCCCGCAAGAAGGACCCCAUCUACAGAGAUGUGUCUAACAUCACAUUAACGGCACCAGGUUGCGACGAGGAGGACGAGAUCACCCUACGGAUGCGCGACGAGGAAGAUGAGAAUGACAGCCCUACCUCUGAGGUACCCUUUUCUUCAAGUUCUGAGCCACCGUGUUGUUACAAGGGGUUGCCGCUGGAGAACCUUCAUGGUCCGUUCCAACUCUACGAUUCCAUUAUCUGCUGAAGGCCCCCUUACCUAAACCACGCUCUUGGCACAUUGUUGUGUUGUGGAAGCGCAUUCGAAUCUCCCAUGAGACCAAAGCACCAUCCACAGAGAAGCUGACUCGCUGCAUCUCUGGGCAAGUCACUGUUGCCGACUUCCAAUCUGGGGGCAUUUCCGGAAGCGGCGACUCUUACUGAGAUAUGCUCACUUCCAAGGAUUUUAUCGUAAACUUAUCAACCUUUUCUGGCAUAAGAACAGUGCCCCCAAUUUCAAUUCUCGGGGGGAGGGAAACAACCUUAAAUUUGAAGUUUGGGAAACAUGGGGUGAUCGAACAAAAGCACAUUCUCGCAAUAACCACGGUGCAGCUGAGAAACUGUGAUUCACUAUGCCAACCUGCCUUCUAUUCCUUUAUGACCUCAGUUGCUUCUUUUAAAAAGAAGCUGAACACUGUAUUUUAUUUAAAUGCUUCGUUAAUUCUAGCCAGUUCGGGCUGCUCAUUUUGCAGAUUCAGGCCCAGUCUCUGCCUCCGGUCCUGCAGGGCUUAUAGACCCUUUGGACUGGACCAGAAAAUUCAAGAACUAUCAGCCUCCUUCUCCAGGUCUCCAGAGGACGGACGAGACCUUAGUGGGCAGGCAGUUUUCUUUUAGUAUAAGCUGCUCCAGGGCUGUCCUAGGCCGCUUGCCGCCUGAAGCAAAACAGAAAAGGGCACACAUGAAGCUGCUUCUGCCUCCUCCUCCUCUGCCAUCCCUCCCAACACAGCCUGAGACUGGAGGCACCCUGAAAAAGUCCUGGUUUGCUGCUUAUAGAGGAUUGCAUAAUAGAUCUGGGAACUCCUGGCAUGUUGAUAUGGAGGGUUUUUGGUUUUUUAAAGCACUCAUAGUAUUUAAGAGGAAGAGGAAGAAGAAGAAACAGCUCUGAAUUUUAUGUAGUCGGUACUACAGAAUAAGGGACGCGGGUGGCGCUGUGGGUUAAACCACAGAGCCUAGGGCUUGCUGAUCAGAAGGUCGGUGGUUCGAAUCCCCAUGACGGGGUGAGCUCCUGUUGCUCGGUCCCUGCUCCCGCCAACCUAGCAGUUCGAAAGCACACCAGCGAAAGUAGAUAAAUAGGUACCGCUCCGACGGGAAGGUAAACGGCAUUUCCAUGUGCUGCUCUGGUUCACCAGAAGCGGCUUAGUCAUGCUGGCCACAUAACCCGGAACCUGUACGUCGGCUCCCUUGGCCAGUAAAGCGAGAUGAGCGCCGCAACCCCAGAGUCGGUCACGACUGGACCUAAUGCUCAAGGGUCCCUUUACCUUUACUACAGAAUAAAGAUUUGGGGAGGUAUUUGGUAUGGGAUAGAGUUAAUGGGGGGUUAGAGCGGCAAAUGUAAGAGAUUAGGCAAGGUCAUGGUUUGCAUGGGUCAGAGAACUGUGUAACAAAGAGGGAAUAAUGAGUGGGAAGUACAUUAAGCCUGAGGGAAAUGGACCUGUUUUGUGAAAAGGGGAAUUGAGUAACAAGGUAAAACAGAAUUAUUUUCCUGGAUGUGUAAAACUUGAGUAUGGUUAACUAGGAUGUUGUGAACUCAAAGACAGGAUGAUUUAAGUUGUACUGGAGGAAGCACGAUUUAAAAUUACGAUUCGUGGGGAUCGAUAAAGUAAUAUUUUAAUUCUAUUUGGUUAAUUGGUAAAAUAGCUGGGCAAAUGUCUAAACAGGAACUGAACAUGUACCAUUGAUGGAAAUAGGAAUGGAUGGAAACCUAUUAGAAAUUAAGGGGAGAGGGGAGGGUUAUUUUUUUACUGUGAGCAGAAAAGGAGGGAGGGAAAAGGAGCAUCUUCAAGGGGGGGGGAGAGUCAAAUUCUAAAUAUGGGUUAAAUUUGAAUUAAUUUGUUUUGUGUUUUUGAAAACUAAUAAAAAUUACCGUAAUUGGCAUGGUGCACAAAGAGAAAUGUAAAGUUUAGUGCUGGUAGCCAUCAUCCACAGGAAAUAAUGGACCUUCCAUGUUCAGAGGCAGUCUACCUCCAAAUUCCAGUUGGUUGAGGGGAUUUGUACAUGAGGGCUGAUGCUUUCAGAUUCUGCUAUGGGGCUCCCAGAGGCAUCUCUGCUCAGCCACUGUGAGAACAGGAUGUACACAUCUUUCAGGGCCCUCAUCUUCGGGCUGAAACAGCAGACGUACAAAGAGAGAGAUUCUUCAAUAUUCUCCUUUGGUGGAGACUCUCUUCAAGGUGGCUAAGGGCCCUUGUAUCUACGGGGCCGCCUCUCCUGGUCUGCCCCGCAGAGGACCUUAGGGUCCAUGAAUAACUAUAGUUUAGAGGUCCCGGGCCCUAAGGAAGUCAGACUAUCCUCCACCAGGGCCAGGGCCUUCUCAGUGAUGGCCCCGACCUGGUGGAAUGCUCUGUCCCAUGAGACCAGGGCCCUUCAGGAUUUAACCUCCUUCCGUCGGGCCUGUAAGACAGAGCUAGUCCACCUGGCCUUUAUUUAACUUGAAUUCAGCCUAAUCUUUUAUUUCCCUUCUCUUCCCUCCCCCUCCCUUUUUAUGAAGAUCACCCGCUCUGAGACCCCACAGAUAAUUCUCCCCUGGCCUCUUCGCUGGCCCAAAUAGGACUAAUUCAGCCAGCUAGCCCUAGGAAUGAUCUAAUUGAUUUUUUAUUUUUAUUGUUAUUCGUGUUUUUAUACUGUAUUUUAUGCUGCUUUUAUAAUUGUUUUAAAUUUGUUGUUAGCCACCCUGAGCCCAGUUUUUGAACCGGGAAGGGUGGGGUAUAAAUAAAAAAUUAUUAUUUAUUAUAAAGUGCUUCCAUGAGCAUCUGUUAAGCUGGUGCUUCAAGCUCAGGGUGAAAUGAGGGGGGGAUACCUUAGGGUUGGAUGGAAUUCUAUUUGGUUUUGUGGAGGCUUCCUUGUGGACAGGGGACUAUAAAUCUGAACAAGUGUCUUUUCUAUUCUGACAGAUAGAAGCCAAGACAUUGGCAAAGUCCCGAAGCGUGACCCAGAACCUCCAAGGCACUUACGAGAACCUGGUGGCCAGCCUGAAAGACAUCCCAGAAGAGCUCCGGAACAAGCUGUCCCAAACCAGCCGGCACAUAAGGGAGCUCCACUCUGAUUUUGUCUCAGCCCACAAUUUUGGAGAUUUGGCUGACAAUGUCUUGAACAAGAGUUUUGCGAUCAUGGCUGAAGCCCAGGGCUCCAUGGAUGAACUGAUGGAGUAUGCUUUGCAAAGUCCCGAAUCUCUCUUGCGGUUGAAGGACUACCUGCCUACCCCGGACAUGAAGGAGGAAGAGGUGGUGAAAGAUGCUCCCCUUUUCAUGGAGAAAGAAGAGGAAGAGGUCCAAUCUUCUCACAAUCAGGAGCUGGAGCGGAACUCGUUGAAAAGCCAAAAGUCAUACCAGCAAAAAGGAGGUGAUGAAGAAACUUCUUCAGAUAAGGAAGAGGUGGUCCAGUCUUCUCACAAUCAGGAGUUGGAGCGGAACUCGUUGAAAAGCCAAGUGUCAUACCAGCCAAAAGGUGGUGCUGAAGAAACUUCUUCAAAUAAAGAAGAGGAGGUCCAAUCUUUUCACAAUCAAGAGUUGGAGGAGCGGAACUCACUGAAAAGCCAAAAGUCAUACCAGCCAAAAGGUGGUGCUGAAGAAACUUCUUCAAAUAAAGAAGAGGAGGUCCAAUCUUUUCACAAUCAAGAGUUGGAGGAGCGGAACUCACUGAAAAGCCAAAAGUCAUACCAGCCAAAAGGUGGUGCUGAAGAAACUUCUUCAAAUAAGGAAGAGAACGUCCAAUCUUCUCACAAUCAGGAGUUGGAGGAGCGGAACUCACUGAAAAGCCAAAAGUCAUACCAGCAAAAAGGAGGUGAUGAAGAAACUUCUUCAGAUAAGGAAGAGAACGUCCAGUCUUCUCACAAUCAGGAGUUGGAGCGGAACUCGUUGAAAAGCCAAAAGUCAUACCAGCCAAAAGGUGGUGCUGAAGAAACUUCUUCAAAUAAAGAAGAGGAGGUCCAAUCUUUUCACAAUCAAGAGUUGGAGGAGCGGAACUCACUGAAAAGCCAAAAGUCAUACCAGCAAAAAGGUGGUGCUGAAGAAACUUCUUCAGAUAAGGAAGAGGACGUCCAAUCUUCUCACAAUCAGGAGUUGGAGGAGCGGAACUCACUGAAAAGCCAAAAGUCAUACCAGCAAAAAGGUGGGGCCAAGGAAUCUUCUUCAAAUAAGGAACAGGAGGUUCAACCUUCUGGCAAGCAGAAGACAGAGAAGCAGAACUCACUGAAACUCCAACAGGUCUACGAGCCAAAAGGUGGGGACAAGGAAAGUUCUACAAAUAAGGAAGAGGAGGUUCAACCUUCUCACAAGCGGGAGAUGGAGGGAAGGAGCAUCCUCAAAAUCCAGCAGGCUUACGACCCAAAAGAUUGUGAUGAGGAAGCUUCUACAAAUAAGGAAGAGGAGGUUCAACUUUCUCAGAAGUGGGAGAUGGAGGGACGGAACAUCCUCAAAAUCCAGCAGGCGUACGACCCAAAAGGUUGUGAAGAGGAAGAACCUUUCAGCAAGGAGGAAGUGGUCCAACGUUCUAGCAAACCGGUGGAGGACAUCCUGAAAAUCCAGGCGACCUAUGACCCCAAGGGUUGUGAUGAUGAAUCCUAUACGGUCAAGGAUGAUGACGAAACUCCUUCUAGAAAAGAAGAGACCCCACCUUCUGGCAAAAAGGAGGCAAAGGAGUGGAAUAUACUGAAAAUCUUGCAAUCUUACACACCAAAAUUUGCUGAUGAUAGAUGGGAAGAGAUGGAGGAGGAGGCCGCACCUACUAGCCAAGAGGAGGACAAAGAGAGGAAUAUACUGAAAAUUCAACAGGCCUAUGACCCAAAAGGUUGUGAUGAGGAAGCUUCUAUGACUGAGGAGGUUCAACCAUCUGACAAGUGGGAGAUGGAGGGGUGGAGCAUUCUCAAACUCCAGCAGACUUAUGACCCCAAAGGCUGCGAUGAGGAAACACCUUCCAGUAGGGGAGAGGAAGCGGUCCAACUUUCUGGCCACGUAGUGGAGGACAUCCUGAAAAUCCAGGAGACCUACGACCCCAAAGGCUGCGAUGAUGAAUCCUAUACAGGUAAGGAGGAAAAGGUGUUCCGGACUUUUGGAACACAGGAAGUGGAGAAUGAUGAAGCUUCUUCUAGAAAAGAGGAGAUUCCACCCGCUGGCAAAGAGGAAGCAAAAGAGUGGAAGAUACUGAAAAUCCUGCAAGCUUACACACCAAAAUUUGCUGAUGAUAGAUGGGAAGAGAUGGAGGAUGACGGCGUACCUACUAGCCAAGAGGAGGACAAAGAGCGGAAUAUACUGAAAAUUCAACAGGCCUAUGACCCAAUAGGUUGCCUCGAGGAAGCUUCUAUGAAUAAGGAAGAGGAGGUUCAACCUUCUGGCAAGUUGGAGACAGAGGGGUGGAGCAUUCUGCAACUCCAGCAGACUUACGACCCAAAAGGCUGCGAUGAGGAAGCACCUUCCAGGAAGGGGGAGGAGGAAGUGGUCCAACAUUCUGUCAAAGUGGUGGAGGACAUCCUGAAAAUCCAGGAGACCUAUGACCCCAAAGGCUGCGAUGAUGAAUCCUAUACAGGCAAGGAGGAAAAGGUGUUCCGGACUUCUGGAACACAGGAGAAUGACAAAACUCCUCCUAGGACAGAGAUCCCACCUUCGGGGAAAGAGCAGGCAAAGGACUGGGAUAUAUUUCAAGUCCUGAAAGUUAAUAUGCCUAAAUUUUCUGAUGAUGAAUCACCUUCCAGCAGGAAGGAGAUGGAAGUCCCACCUCCCAGCCAAGAGGACAAAGAGCGGAAUAUACUGAAGAUUCAACAAGCCUAUGACCCAAAAGCUUGUGACGAGGAAGCUUCUACAAAUAAGGAAGAAGUUCAACCUUCUGGCAAGCAAGAGAUGGACAGACGGAACAUCCUCAAAAUUCAGCAGGCUUAUGACCCAAAAAGUUGUGAAGAGGAAGCACCUUCCAGGAAGGAGGAGGUGGUCCAAUCUUCUGGCAAGCCGGUGGAGGACAUCCUGAAAAUCCAGGCGACCUACGACCCCAAAGGCUGUGAUGAUGAAUCCUACACGGGCAAAGAGGCAAAGGUGUUCCGGACUUCUGGAACGCAGGAGAACGACAAAACUCCUUCUAGGACAGAGAUCCCACCUUCGGGGAAAGAGCAGGCCAAGGACUGGGAUAUAUUUAAAAUCCUGAAAGUUAAUACGCCUAAAUUUUCUGAUGAUGAAUCACCUUCCAGCAGGAAGGAUAUGGAAGUCCCACCUCCCAGCCAAGAAGAGGACAAAGAGCGGAAUAUAUUGAAAAUUCAACAAGCCUAUGACCCAAAAGCUUGUGAUGAGGGAGCUUCUACAAAUAAGGAAGAGGUUCAACCUUCUGGCAAGCGGGAGAUGGACAGACGGAACAUCCUCAAAAUCCAGCAGGCUUACGACCCAAAAAGUUGUGAAGAGGAAGCACCUUCCAGGAAGGAGGAGGUGGUCCAACCUUCUAGCAAACCGGUGGAGGACAUCCUGAAAAUCCAGGCGACCUACGACCCCAAAGGCUGUGAUGAUGAAUCCUACACGGGCAAAGAGGCAAAGGUGUUCCGAACACCCGACAAGGUGCAGAAUGACAAAACUCAUUCUAGAAAAGAGGAGAAGGUCCCGCCUUCUGGCCAAGAGGAGGCAAAGGACUGGAAGAUACUGAAAAUGCUGCAAGCUUACACACCCAAGUUUUCUGACGGUGAAUCGCCUUCUGGCAGGGAGAAAGCAGAAGUGGUGGUGGCCCCACCUCCUCAAAGAGAGGUGAGGGAGUGGAACAUACUGAAACUCCAACAGGCCUACGACCCAAAAGGGUGCGACGAAGACUCCUCCAACUACAGAGAGGAGGCCCAGCCUUCUGGCAAACCAGAAAUGGAAGGCUGGAACAUCCUCAAAAUCCAACAGGCCUAUGACCCAAAGGGUUGCGACGACGAAAGCCCCAAGGAGGAGUUCCAACAUUUCGGCCAGUGGAACCUGCAGGGAUAUAACAUACUGAAGAUACAGCAAGCCUACGACCCCAAAAGCUGCCCUGAUGAUGAUAAAUAAGUCAAGACUCCGAAAGAGCAGAGCUACACACUUCUGACCCCAAUGAAGCCGGCAAACUGGGGUGGAUUUCACUCGAAAGGCUUGCCCGAGUUUUCCAAGGGACGGGUCUGGGGCUCAGUCACUGAAAUAAGAAAGGCAAUUUGGAACUUC